CCAGCACGGAUAGAAGGGAAGGGGGCCAGACGCAGGGAGAGUCGCGUUACGUACUCGCACCCGUACCCCGGAUUGACGGACUCUGCACCCGCGGUGGAACCCUCUCAGCCCCUGGCCGGGCGGUUCCCAACAUUCCAUUCGCGCGCGCUCCUUGCCAGGUGCCGACAAAGAGGGUCUAGGCCGAUUAAAUGGCCGAGGUCCAUCGCUCACAAGCCUCUUUUUAAACUCGGCUCGAGCUGGGCUGGAUUCGCCGACGGUCGCAUCAUCGACGUCAGGGUCGCUUCCCUGUCCCUCGCACCUUGAAACUAGAGCAGCUCGCUUUUCUCCUCCAUUCCUCCUGUCGCAGCCACUCAGCUAAGCUGCCUCUGCCCCAGUAUCGCCGUGCUGCCGUAUCGCCUGGAGAUGUAUGCACACACCCGACCUGCUUUUCCUGCCAUGUCUUGCCGUAUCAAUUAAAGUACUCGAGGUGCCUUUGAUCCCAUCCGGCUUUAUCCGUAAGACGUAGGCCACCGAUCUCGUCCUCAGCUUGCCAAUUGUGCCUCGCAUCCUUGCAUCCUCGCAUCCUCGCAUCCUCGAAUCCUUGUAUCGUCUCAGUCGACAGUAGCAUACGACGCCGCCCGCCACGCUCCGCGCCGGACAGAGUCGAUACCUGGUAGAGGGAACGCCGCUCCUUGGUCGCCAUGACGGUGCAGUCGAAGCCCGCUCCGCUCCCGCCGUGGGGAUUUGCCAUCGCCGGGUCUACCGGCGCUGUUCUAGCCAAUGCUCUCGUAUACCCUCUGGACGUAGUGAAGACACGCCUACAGGUCCAGGUCAGACGAAAACCGGGAACGUUGGUCGCCGCCGCCGCCGAUCCGCACUACACCUCGACGUGGGAUGCCAUCUCCAAGAUUGUCGCUCAGGAGGGGAUUCAAGGGCUAUAUGCCGGCAUGAAUGGCGCUUUGCUCGGAGUCGCUUCCACCAACUUCGCCUACUUCUACUGGUACUCGAUCGUGCGAGAGCUCUACUUCAAGUCGCAGAAGGUCCCUGCACCACCAACUACCGCUGUCGAGCUGGUGCUUGGCGCCAUAGCAGGUGCCAUAGCCCAAUUGUGCACCAUUCCUGUCGCUGUGGUUACGACGAGACAGCAGACGCAGAGCAAAGAGGACAGGAAGGGCCUGAUAGAUACGGCCCGCGAGGUUAUCCACAGCGAAGAUGGAGUGUUUGGCUUGUGGAGGGGACUCAAGGCCAGUUUGGUGUUGGUCGUCAACCCUGCCAUCACGUACGGAGCGUACGAACGGUUAAAGGGUGCCCUCUUCCCGGGGAAGACCCGCUUGACUGCGCCGGAAGCUUUUCUCCUCGGAGCUAUGUCGAAGGCUUUAGCUACCGUUGUCACGCAGCCCUUGAUAGUCGCCAAGGUCGGACUGCAAUCGAAGCCCCCUCCGCAACGGGAAGGCAAGCCGUUCAAGGGGUUUAUCGAAGUAAUGCAAUUCAUAAUUCAGCACGAGGGAGUGAGGAGUCUUUUCAAAGGCAUGGGACCGCAGAUCGUGAAAGGCUUCCUAGUACAGGGAUUGCUUAUGAUGACCAAAGAGCGAAUGGAGUUUCUAUUCGUUCUCCUGUUUAGAUAUAUUCGAAAACUUCGGUCAGAACACCUCGCGAAAGCGGCAGCACUGGCAGCGGCUACCGCCUCUAAAGCCAAACUGGCCAUUCCUGUCACGACGAAGUAAAUGCGGCUUAU